ACAAUAACACUUUUUCUAUAUAUGUACUAUAAGUUAUCAAUGAAAACACAGUCUCUCUACAAUGGAGCAUCUGCUACAGUCGUCCAUUUUCCCAGCCUUGUUCACUUUCCUCUUGUUCAACUUUAUUCUAAAAAGGAAACUCAAAACCUCCUCUCGGAAAUUAGCCCCAGGACCAUGGAAGCUGCCAAUAAUAGGAAACAUGCAUCAACUCCUUGGCUCUCUGCUUCAUCACCGCCUAAGACAUUUGUCAAACAAAUACCGCACUGUAAUGCAUCUCAAGCUUGGCCAAGUUUCCCAGAUUGUUAUUUCUUCACCGGAAGCUGCCAAAAAAGUGAUGAAAACUCACGACAUCAUUUUCGCUCAAAGGCCUUAUCUGCUUGCAGCGGACAUUAUCUUGUAUAACUUCAAAGACAUCGCUUUUGCCCCUUACGGCGAAGGAUGGCGACAGAUGCGAAAAAUAUGUACGCUUCAGCUAUUAAGCACAAAACGGGUGAGAUCAUUUAGAGUAGUUCGAGAAGAGGAGACAUCAAAAUUUAUUAGAUCAAUUUAUGGUUUACCGAAAGUUAAUAUCAGUAAGAUGGUGUUUUCUUUAUCUAAUGCCAUUACUUUAAAGUCUGCAUUCGGUAAGGUUUCAGAACGCCACGACGCUUUCUUACCACUUGUGCAGAAAAGUGUGCUGGUGUUUGGAGGUUUUAGUGUUGCAGAUAUUUUCCCUUCUGUUAAAUUUCUAAAUAGAAUUACUGGGAUGAGGAGUAAAUUGGAGAAGUUGCAUCAAGAAGCUGAUAUAAUGCUUGAAAAUAUAAUUAAUGAACAUAAAGAAAAUAAGAGAUUAAGAAAAUAAGAGAUUGGGUAGAAGCAAUUCUGAGGGCAAAGAAGAUGAUCUUGUUGACGUUCUUUUAAAUCUUCAAAAUUGUGAUGAUCUUGGAUUCCCCUUGACGAUGGAAAAUAUAAAAGCAGUCAUGCUGGACAUGUUCGUGGA